AUGGAGACCAUCGUCUCCUCCUCCUUCUCUCCCAUCUUCCACCCCAAAUCCCUGCUCCACCGGAAGCCGCACCUCAGCCAUCUCCAUCCCAAGGCGCUGGCUAAGCCGCUGACCAGAUGCGCCGCUGCCUCCGACCCGAAGAGACACGCCGCAUCAGUGCCGUUCGUCUCCCGCGGCGGCUGGAUCUCGCACGUCCAGCAUGGGCUGGCCGCCUUGGCUCUCUCUCUGGCCUUCAACUUCUGCCCUGUCCCGGCCCUGGACUCGGCCCUGGCUUCUGAGUUCGACGUGCUCAGGGACGGGCCCCCGGUGGAAUCGUACGUAGUCGACGAUGCGGGAGUUCUCAGCCGCGUCACCAAGUCCGAUCUCAAGAGCCUGCUCUCCGAUCUGGAGUCGAGGAAGAACCUGCGCAUCAAUUUCGUCACUGUCCGCAAGCUCACGGUUAGUUCCUCGACUGCUGCUGCUGGCGACGAAACCCUGUCUCUCUAUGUUUUCUUUUUUACAUGAUGCCGUGAGUAAUUUGUUAAUGUUACGUCAUUAAUGAAAUUUUAGUGUUGGAUAUAGUGACCACUGCCUGGUGGAUCAUCUUUCAAGUAGAAUCUUGACCUUGGUAUCCCUGCCCUUUUGAUGUAGUUAACAAUAUAUCGCCUUCUGACCAAUUUAAAGGCUCAUGUGUUCUCUAAAACUUUUAUACAAAAUGUGGUUGCGUGACCAUUUCUACUGGUCCGAUCUUCAGAGCUUGAUCUCCCUGAAAAAUGCAAAAUCCUACAUCAGAAAAAUUCGAAAAGAACGACUUCUACAGGAAGAAGGGAUCUAAAUAAACUCGUACUUAGAACAUAGAAAUUGUACUUAAUAAGAAACUUUUACAAAUAACCUUAAUAUAUAUCAUACCUUGAAAGUGGUGUUUUUGAUUUUAAACCUCUGUUUUUUUAUUAAUCUUGAAAGCCACUAUCGUGUUACGACCUCAACCAUGUCUGACCUGCAGCUGUUUCCUCUUUUCUCAACAUCCAUCAGUCUCAACAAUCCAGCUCAACUUUUUCCAGUAUUAGUCAAAAGAUCAUCUUAGAACAUAUUUCCUCAACUCACUUAUCAACGACCUCAGUAGCUGCUUAUAACUUAGUUCAGCAAUUCACCAUUACACAUGCUUGCUUCCAAGCCGUAACUCUUCAGAAGAAAAGAAGUGAUGUCAGGUUCUCAUCUGUAUGAUCACAAUCAAUUUAGCUUUGCUUUCUGUUGUUAAAUAUUCUCAGUCAGUACGAAUGUUUUCAGUAGCGUAAAAUAGCAUUGUCAUUCUGGAAACACCAUGCUGGUACUUUGCGCGGUCAUUCCUCCUUUUUCCUUCUUUUGAAUGACCAUAAAAUAUUUUCGUUUUGUAGAAUGAUUACAAUUUCUGUUCUGAUCCCUUUGCUCGUUGGAGCUUUGUCACCAUCCCCUGCUGAUAACAUUUUCAAACACGUGGAUAAUUGUGAUAAUGGUGACCGAUUUAUAUAUGAUGAUCAAUGGUAUCGGUUUCUGAGCUUAGAUAAUCACUACAACACCGUCCACUGCUCGUUUGGGAGAAAGAAAAAUUAUUCAUUUCCUUCAUCUGUUCACUUCUCUUGUAUGUUUGUCCAUAGAAUUUGAUUAGACCCCACGUAGGCAAGCUUCAUUGUUGUUCAUUUUUGCACGCAAUUUUGGCCCAAGAUGAUGUGCUCCACUCCUUUCCGUUUUACAAUUUCAGUAUAUUCCGAUGUAAUUAUUUAUACAGCAGAAAUGAAACCUUUCAAAGCAGGUUAUUUUAUCUUCUAUUUUGUUAGUAAAAAAAAAUCUCUCUUGACUUGAAUUUUUCAAAUAAUUCUUUCUAAGAGGGGAAAAAGGAAAAAAAAAUUGCGGGAUGAUAUAAUCUCAUCCAAUAAACUAAUAUCUAUGUUUGUGGCUCUAAUAAUCUUGGAAGAUAAUGUUGAGGACAGAUGUUGGAAAAGGCUAAAAGUACUAUUCUAUCUGAUACAUGAUUUUGUGCAUCCUCAGUUAUGAUUCUCGAUAUCCAUCCAAUACCAUGAAACCAUGAAGGAAAAGGUUGUAUUUCCCCUUUUAUGAUCUAUGAUUUCCCCUUCUGUCGGCUGGUAUCGAGCUUACAAUCCGAAAGUAUGAGAUAAUUAAAUGUCCUUUCUCGCAGAGCAAAGCUGAUGCUUUCGAGUACGCCGACCAAGUCCUGGAGAAGUGGUACCCCACCCUGGAAGUAGGAAAGAACAAGGGAAUCGUGGUGCUUGUCACCAGCCAGAAGGAAGGAGCUAUAACAGGCGGCCCCACAUUCAUCCAGUCGAUUGGCGAGGGUGUUCUGGAUGCCACUGUCUCAGAGAACCUCCCUGGUAAGGCACUCAGCCUGAUUGCUCUACCAUGAUCAUCUACAUUACUUCAGACUUAUAUCCUGCUUAUAUAUUGUCAUUAUAUUUCUCAGACUUAUAUCCUGUGUAUAUAUUGUAUGGAUAAAUGGUGACGUGGAGCAAAGUUUUAAAUUGAAACCCACCCAGCAAGUCUCAAAUUGUCUGCUGUGGGGUUGAAAUCUUUAGGAAACUUACUAUUUUGGGUACGAAAAUGCCCAAAGUGAGGUAUAUUGUAUGGAUAAAUGGUGACGUGGAAGAGGAGGCUGUGGUGGUGGCAGUGCUGGCGACGGACGAGAAGUACAACGAGGCGGUGUUGAGCAGCGCGAAGCGGCUGGUGGCGGCCAUCGACGGGCUGCCGGACCCCGGGGGACCCAAGUUCAAGGACAACAAGAGGGAGUCCAACUUUAAGACCAAGGAGGAGACGGAGGAGAAGCGCAGCCAGUUCUCACUCGUUGUCGGAGGCCUGCUCGUCGUCUCCUUCGUCGUCCCCAUGGCCCAAUACUACGCCUACAUCUCCAAGAAGUAG